AUGAACAUCCUCGAGCUACCGCAGGAACUCCUAGGCCAUAUUCUAUCGUUCCUUCAUCCCCAAGACAUCAUCCAUUUCUGUCAAAGCAACAAGCGAGCUCAAACCUUCGCAAGCCCGCGGAACCAAGUUCUCUGGCGUUCGGCCUUCUUGCACAUUUUCGACGACCCCAAAGAUGCCUGGUCUCUAAUGCCCAAUGCGGCCUCCCUCCUCAAGGAUUGCCAGUGGGACUGGCACGUCGAACUCGUGCGGCGGUUGUUAGCACUACGAGCCAUCCGGUCCAAAUGGUGCGUCGCCGACGAGGCGUGGCGGGCCAAAGAGCACAUCAACGCCCUACUCAGCAUUCUCGACACGGCCAAGUUCGGACCCGAUGAGCGCGACAACGCCACUGGUCGCCUCCCGCGCGAAGACGACAGGUACUUAUCGCUCAACCUGCAGGUUUUGUCCAACGUCGACUCGUUCCGUGACGGGCUAGAGAAUCUGAUCCACGACACCGAUAGGGUUCUCUACAUGCGGCACACCGGCGGUAGCAGCGACGACAACCCGUGGACAUCGCCACGCCGACCCGUCACGCGGUCCAUGAGCUGGUGGGCUGAGAACGAAGUCAACCGGCCCGAGUGCGCAUCCAGACUGCACGUGCUGUUCGGACUGACAGUGCGCGAGCGCAUCGAGCACCGGGCGCGGGGGGCAGCACGCCGCAAGGUGUACGACUGGUCCCUCACCGGCGCCGAUAACGACUACGGCCCGUUCAAGCGCGACGGCAGCGGCAGCGUGGACUGGAGUCUGCUCGAAGGCGUGCACAGCGUCAUCGCGCGCAACUUCUCCAUGUGCGUCGACGGCCACAUCUCCAUGCCGCAGGGGUUUCCGUUUUCGAUCCCGCACCGCACGCUGGUCCGCUCGGACGCCCCGCGCGACUGGGCUAGGGUCUCCGGGUCGUGGCUGGGAACCUACUCGUUCCUCGACUACUCAGACCUGUUCGCGUACAACAUGUGGGAGACCCGCAUCGGCCCGCGUCCGACACUCGACGACGAGCCCGAGGCCUGCGGCGACCUCAUGAGGCUGGACUUGGAGCUGGACGACUCCCUCGCCGACGACCCCCGCCUGCAUAACUCCCUGGCGAUAUCGCACGACGUCCCGCCGUUGUACUUCCGCGGCACAUCUCGCGCCCACGCCGGCAUGUACCGACCCACCAUCGCCGUGCGGGGGUGCGCCAGCCUCGUGCCUGGGAACAGGGAAGUCCGAUGGCGCUUCAUCAUCAGUUACAGCGGCCAGGACCAGUGGCAGCUCGAGGGCGUUCAGCCCGGGGGGAUCCGGUCUGGAGGCGUGUUUGGCCUGUGGACACAAUGUGAUCAUGAAAUAAACGGGCCAGUCGGACCGUUUUGCUAUUUCCCCGCGGAACUGUGCAAAUCGACUAGUAUCGUGCUCGCCUCUGAUUCGAACGCUUAG